AAAAUUAAUAAUAAUGAAUACAUGGUCAGUAUUGUUUAAUUAUGUACUUAUACAUAUAGCUAUCGUAGUAUAUACGUGUCAUUUAGGUGCAUGCGAAAGGUGAUGUAGUAUAACAUGCCGUUAGUUGAUAGCAUGCGAUAAUUGAGGUGGCGCUUAAAUCAGUUUCUGUUCGGCCUAAUUUUUGAUGAAACGUUGACUGUUUUACCGAUGCGGAAUUCGAAGUUCGGCCUCCAUGUGCUUCCAUGCUAGCAUCGCCUUAAUUAAAAUGGAUAGCGAUAGUGUACAAAUAAAGUUAGGUGAACGAGACGAUAUUUCAGAUAGUAAAAAAUGUAAAUGUGACUGUAUUGAAGAAAACAUGCAAAAUUUAAGAAAUUGUGUAACUAUUGAAAACACUGUUGAAGCAAAUUAUGCUAAUAUAAAUCAGCCAGUAGGGGAUACAACAAAUAGUUUUUAUAAUUUAUCUGGUAUUUGUAAAACAAAAUAUGAAGAAAUGUGCCAGGAGCACAAUGUACAUUAUCAAAAUAAAAUUCAUAAAAUACAUAAAUUAACACCAAUUAAUGAACAAAAUGAAGAUUGCAAAGACAGCAUCACAGAUCUGUGUUAUCAUGGCUGUAAAAAUGGAUGCUCAGCAACUGUACCAACACCUCAAGAAGUUAGUGAGAAAGUAUUUAAAGAAAAUUGGUUGCAGAAGUUAGAAGAUAUAAAACAAAAAGAAACAGUAUUGAGAAAUAAAGAAAUAACUUUACAAAAUCGUGAAAAAGCAUUACUUAAAAAGGAAAGAGAAACCAAAAUUUUGGAAUCUCUUUGGAAACAUAAAUUAAAACAACUAGAUUUAUAUUUUAAAGAGAACAAAGACUUACAAUAUUUACUUACAGAUUAUAGUACACAAAAAAAUAAUUCAGAGUCAGCAAAUAAUAUGCAUUCUAAUAAACUACAUAAAGAGGAAGUUUGUAUAAAUGAUAAUUUCCCAGAAAACAUAGAUAGUAUAGAUGUAAACGAACAAAAUUUUCGUACACAAAAUAGUUCAACACAACAUUUAUUAUAUAAUAAAACUGAACAGUUCAAAAAACAUACAGAUAACAUAGGGAUCAUGUAUAAGGGUCUACAUCAUGAAAAAAUUAACAUUUUAAGUUCUUCUUGUCUUCCAAUUAACAAUGUAUCUGUAGCAAAAAAAGGAAAAAAUCAAUCAGAUUUAAGAAGUUCAAUAGCUGCAAAGUCAUCUUACUCUAAAUCUACCUAUAGAGAUAAUAAUAAAACAAAAAAGUCUUCUAAAAUAGAUUAUAAUGAUUUAGAUACUACAUUAUCUGCUGAUAUAGGUGAUUCGUCCUUUGUGCAAACUUCUCAAAAAUUUAAUCCUGAGAUAUAUAGAAAACCAUACAUGUUCACACGUUCAGCCAGUGAACGUCAUAUAAAAUAUAUAAAUCAUAAAAGUAAUCCAAAUCUUGAAGCUCAGAAUUUAAAUUAUCCAGAUGAAAAGUCUGAAACACUUACUGGAAUAGCACAAGGCAAGGUGUUAGAAAGAGUUACUAAAAAUAUUGUUGCCUCAAGAGAUAGAAGUACAAAAUUUCAACAUUAUGGUUAUAUGGAUCAAAACAUGGAUUCUGUAAAUAAGAUGUGCAGAGUAGAAAAUGAGAGAAUAUACUCGUAUCUCAAUUUGGAAACUGGCAAUAAAUUAUGUUCAUGUCAAAAAUUGAAUAAAGAUUUGAAAGAUAGACCAGUAUCUUGGAAUGAAGAAACAAAUGAAUGGCUUCAAAAAAAAAGAAAGGCUUAUAAUAUGAUGAUGAAUAAAACACAUACAGAAAAUAAAGAAAACUUUGAGUAUAAUACUAAAAUGAAUAGUAAAUUAGAAACAGGUGUUAAAAAGAAAGAUAUUAAAAAUAGAAUAUUUACUAUAUUUCGUUAAUUUAACAGUAGAAAAAAAAUAUUUGUGUUCAUGCAAUGUAUUCAUGUAAAGAGAAUUGUAUAAGCCUCUGAUUUUAAAAGUAAAUUCAUAGAUUACACAAGAUAUAAUUUUCAAUAAAAUAACUCAACAUAGAAAAUUCUACAACAUUAUAGUUUUUGUAAGUUUAUUGUUUAAUGUAAAUUACAUAUAUAUACAAGAAAAUUGUAUUGCUUACUUAAAUUACUAAUUCAUCAAGAAUAAAUCAUGGCCAAGAUGGAGGUUCUCCAGGUUUUAAUUCUCUUCCAAAUAAAGCUGAUUUAUCUCGAUAA